AUGUCGGGAGUGUUAAAGUCUGAUGGAUUGGAAAUUGCACAUGUGGAAGAUGAUCGUGGAGUACAGGGAGAAGCAGCGAUAAUUGAUGUGGACGAUCGGGAAGAGUAUUUCGUUAAGCCAUUGUAUACUUAUUAUUGUACAUGUGGAGAGAUGGCAAUGAUCAGCGACACUCUAAUAAAUCGGAUGCCAAAACGUCAACGAGACGGUUCUCGUGUUAUUACUCCCGAGAGAACAACAGCGAAAACUUUCGCAAAGCAAGGCGACACUGUCUACAUCAAACGAGCGGUUGGGCUGGAGCAGCAAUACAGAAAGAUUUGCAAAAAAUGCUCUGUUCCUCUCUUCUAUCAACAUCCAUCAGCUCUGUCGCGCACUUUCAUUUUCGCAAACGCUCUUCUAUCAGCACAGCAAGUUGGUGGUUUUAGCGGAAACAAUGAAGAGCAACGUGCAAAAAAAGUUAUUAUGAAGAGAAAUGUGAAAAACCAAGGAAAGAUGGGAAGUGUUACUGUAUCGACUAUGGAGGGCGAAGAAGAAGAAGAAAUGGAGGCGAGAGAAACUGCUGAGUCAUACACUAUGAAUGCCCGAAUUGUUCAUGAUGCUCUGAAAAGAAAAGGAUUCACUUCAUCGGCAGGAGGCGGAAAGUUUGCUGUUCCCGAAACACCAUCAUCGUCUGUUCCAGCUACUCCGAAUACCAAAAGAAAGCGAGGAACUCUUGUAUAA